AUGAACGUCUACUCUGUCUGCGUCUUCGCCAUCUUGGCUAUUUCUUCAGUUUCUGGAAUCUUCUUGCCACAAGGAGGAAAGAAGUGCGGAGGAAGCAGUGGAUACGGAAGCGGAGUCAUCAUCGGUGCACCACGUCCACAAUAA